AUGAACGCAGUAGUUGACUGGAGAUGGCUCUAUGCGAAAACCAACGGCGUCUUGACGCUUCAGGCACUCGACUCGGAUGGAGUUGUCCCCAAGCAGACUUUGACACCGACUGAUCUUCCAGUCGUGAUCCGAUGCAUUGUCCUGGUAUCGGAGCUGACAGUAGUCACCGGUGGCGCCUUUAUGCUGCUACUUACCAGCUCCGUGAUCGGAGUGGUAGUGCGCAGCCUCUUACACGUGUCACUCGCUGCAACUACAAAGGAUGUAUUGUUAGAGAACACUUUCAUCCAGCAAAUCUGCGAGACUGUAGCGUAUGCCUGGGGUCUUGGGGCUUUCAUGAGCUGUUUCGUUCGACGGUCCAAGCGCGACCUUGCGCGAAGACUCACGGGGUUCGGAUGGGGCGGCUACAGGACCUGUUGUGUAUCACUGACCCUGCACUUUGUGACUACAGUGGUGCUCGUGCUGCUGCAGCAACAGACGACGUCACCGGCCUUAGUGUCGUGGACCAAUGUCACAACAGCACUGUAUCGACCAGACGGAUCGUUUGCCGCGACAGCGAUCAUACAGAAGCUGCUGCUUGCACCGAUGAAGGAGGAGCUCUUUUUUCGAGGAGCGGUGGUGCUGGUGACCAUAAAUCGGCUGCAAAGUGCCAAGUGGAGUGCUGUGAUCUCUGCUGCUUUGUUUGCUGCCGUCCAUCUAGCCAAUGCGAGACACGUCGGAGCACAAUACUCGGCAUCUUACGUGGCGUUUCAGGUGCUUUGGGCAUCUCUCGUAGGGCUCUUUCUGGCGCUCGAACUUGCAGUCUCUGGCUCCGUCGUCGUUUGCUUCGUGUUGCAUGUGAUCAACAACACGUUUGCCUUGACGAUGUCCACGACAGACGAUGUGAUUCUUACGCAACCUCUCGUCGCGUUCUCAGUGAUCGCGGCACUGGUAAUCUAUUUUGUAGCGAUCGCUAACCAGCUGCGACGACUUCGAUCUGUAGAACUGCAGAAACAGCUAUGA